AGAGACAAGAGACCCUUGCAUUUCAGAAACAAGAAAUUAUUGAUUCAUCCAUUCACUCUCAAAAACUAUACAAAACCUCUACUCUCUCUCUUUCUCUUUCUCUCUCUCUGUCACUCUGAAUUUCAGCUCUUGGGCCAUUUCAUCAUACGCUCACUUCUUCUUUUCGUCAUUAAAAAAACUUGACAACUCUCUGCACAAUUCUGCAUCGAUGGUGAAGACUCCGUUUGAGGAAUCGCUGUUGAUCCCUCCCAUAAGUAAUCACCGCUUCCACGUGCCUCUGCUACGAUCUAUAACGAUCAUAAUCAAUUCCAUUCACCCAAAACUUGUUUACCAUCUUUUAUUUUCGGCUUCCCUGGAUUCCUUUUUCUUUUUAAUUUUCUUACUUUCCCCUUUUUUGGUUGCGUAUCCAACAAGUGUACUUCUUCAUUGGGUUACUUGUGAUUCCCUGAUCUGGGAAAGUCAACAAAAAAGGGGAUUUUUUUUAUUUUGUUUCCGUGUGGAAGAGGGUAUUUUGCAAUUUGAUUCAUUUUGAUUGGGAUGAUCAACCUUUGAUGCGAUUAUUUCAACUUUGAUCAGAAAAUUCUUUCCUUUUUUCAGUUUUAAGUUUUUGGUUGUAUGAUUGUAGAAUAUCCCAUAAUUUGGGAACAGUGUAACUCUCAAAGAUUUCGUCUUUGGAUUCCAUCACUUUAUUUGGAUCCUCAUUUUUGAUCAUACAUGGUUUCACCCUUAAUCAAUUAUACGAUCGGUCAAAAAUUUAGCAUCGUAUUUAAGUUUUUUUUUUGUCUUUCUGAUCAUCCUCAGUUUCAUGACUAAAUUCUUGCCUUCUGGUGUCUUUGAUUUAUAUGUGCCGUUGUGAAUAGAGACAGAUAAUCAUGUAAUUCAACUGCAUUAGAAAAAAAAAUUAAACUUUGUUUCACUUUUGUUAGUAUUCUUUUCUUUGUAGGUUUGAGACCUGCGAUUUGCUAGUCAAAUACAUUCUUGAGCAGUGUUAGAUCCUCUCUUCUGCUGUGUUUGGGCACUGUAUAAGGUUGGCAGUGCCCAUGGAUGCCACUACCAGUGGAACCCCAACUAUACAAUACCAUAACAUCCCUGAUCAGCCAAUUACUACCAUUGUUGCCACACAAUUGCCUACAUUUCAACGGCAGCUACGCCAUUGCUUUGGGGACUCCAGUCCUGGAGAGUUUCCCUUGUCUGCUAAUCCCUCCAUUGUCCUUCAUGUCCUUACAUCAUGUAGCUUGUAUCCUCAAGACCUUGCUAAACUUGAGGCAACAUGCUCCUUCUUCAAGAAGCCUGCAAACUUUGCUCCGGAUUUGGAUUUGUCCCUGUCAGAGCUUGCUGCAUUGGACAUGUGCCAGAAAAGAGCCAUUUUUAAGCCAAUGACGACUGAGCAACAGCAACAUUUGAAGCAAAGAUGUGGUGGUUCUUGGAAAUUGGUUCUGAGGUUUUUAAUGGCUGGAGAAGCAUGUUGCAGAAGGGAGAAAUCACAGGCAAUAGCAGGUCCUGGUCAUAGCAUUGCUGUGACAUCAAAAGGGGCUGUUUAUUCAUUUGGGUCCAAUAGUUCAGGACAACUUGGGCAUGGUACAACUGAAGAGGAAUGGCAUCCUCGACCAAUCAGAGCUUUACAAGGCAUUCGGAUUAUACAAGCUACUGCUGCGACAGGGAGGACAAUGUUGAUCAGUGAUUCAGGGCAGGUUUAUGCCUUUGGGAAAGACUCUUUUGGUGAAGCUGAGAUUGGAAUUCAAGGAUCUAAAAUGGUUACAUCUCCUCAGUUAGUUGAAUCUUUGAAAAACAUAUUUGUUGUGCAAGCUGCAAUUGGAAACUUUUUCACAGCCGUUUUGUCAAGGGAAGGCAGGGUUUAUACAUUUUCUUGGGGUAGUGAUGGCAAACUCUGUCACCAUACGGAUCCAAAUGAUGUUGAACCUCGUCCUUUGUUAGGAGCUCUGGAGCACAUACCAGUAGUGCAGAUAGCUGCCGGUUUCUGCUACCUCCUUUGUUUGGCUUGUCAACCAAGUGGAAUGUCUGUGUACUCUGUUGGAUGUGGUUUGGGUGGGAAGCUUGGGCAUGGCUCAAAAACUGAUGAGAAGUAUCCUCGUUUGAUCGAACAAUUCCAAGUGUUAAACAUUCAGCCAAAGGUGGUUGCAGCUGGUGCUUGGCAUGCAGCUGUGGUGGGGCAGGAUGGCCGGAUUUGCACAUGGGGAUGGGGUCGUUGUGGCUGCUUGGGUCAUGGUAAUGAAGAAUGUGAAUCUGUACCUAAGGUGGUGGAAGAGUUGAGAGAUGUUAAAGCAGUUCAUGUUGCCACAGGAGAUUACACCACCUUUGUAGUUGCUGAUAAUGGUGAUGUGUAUUCCUUUGGUUGUGGAGAAUCUGCUAGUCUCGGCCAUAAUAACCCUGAGAAUCAGGAGCAGGGAGACAUGCAUGCAAAUGUGUUGAGUCCAAAGCUUGUAACUUCAAUGAAAGAGAUGAAUGAAAAAGUGGUGCAGAUUAGUCUGACGAAUUCCGUAUAUUGGAAUGCUCAUACCUUUGCCUUAACUGAAUCAGGGAAGUUGUAUGGGUUUGGAGCUGGAGACAAAGGACAAUUAGGCGUUGAGCUUGGUGCGAACCAGACUGAAAGAGGAAAGCCAGAGAGGGUUGAUAUUGAUCUUGGUUAACUAUGUUUGGUUGGUGUAACCCCAAUUCUUUACACCAUCUCAUACUCUAAUUUAUGCUCACCAUGCACAGUAUUUAGUGUUUCAAUCUCUUGUUUAUUGUGUAAAUAUAAUCAAAGAAUGCAUCGAUGAUGUCCAAGCUAGAAAAGAUUACAGGGGCCUCACCUGCACCCACUUCUUCUAAGGUUGUUGUUGUCGGUUAAUCUUAUAGGCUUCAACUAGAUUGUGAUAUUUGAAAAUGGUGAAGGUGAAGGUUCAUAUACA